UAAUUAUAAUAGCUCUUUGCAUAUUGAUGAGAAUAAUAGUAAAACCUCUGUUAAUGAUUUCAAUGAUCUCAAUAUUCAACACAACAAUCAAGAAGGUGAAUUAGAUUUGAAAACUAAAUAUAAUGAAGAUAUAGAGCUUUCAUAUUCAUUGGCUGAAAAUCUGCCUUUUGAAUCUUGGAAUAAAGUUGAUAA